AUGGAAGCUAAGAUUGCAGAGUUCUCACAGCUUUUCGAUAAAGCAGAUAAGGGCAAGGAUGGACUUCUUAAGUUCGAAGAGUUCGAUGCCCUCAUCAAGAAGAUCAACGGCGACGGCCAAACAAUUACAGAUACACAAGCUCUUUUCCGUGGUGCAGAUGUUGAUGGCAGCAAUGGUGUCAACAAGACAGAGUUCGUUGGCCUUGUAAAGUCACUCCUUGGCUCUGAUAAGGUCGAACUUACAAAGGUUCUCUUCCGUGCUCACGAUAAGGACCGCUCUGGCACACUCGAGACUGCCGAAAUCAAGUCCAUGUUCGAGCAGUUCAGAAAGAACAUCUCAGACGAAGAGGCUCAGAAGGUUAUCGAAACACAUGGUAAGGAUGGCAAGAUGGACUUCCCAGCCCUCUGCAAGGCCCUCUUCAACAUUGAAGUUAAGGCAGGAACAUCUGCUUACCCAGAAAAGAAGUCUUCGAAGUGUUGCCUUUUGAUCUAA